AUGGCCGAGGUGGGCGGCUUGCUGGGGGCGCUGGAGCCCGAGCUGCCCGGCGCGGCGCCGGCGCUGGGCGGGCUGCCGCUCGCCGACUCGCCCGGCUUCCUCACGGAGCGCCUGGGGCAGAUCGAGGGGCGCCUGCAGCGCGGCUCCCCCACCGACUUCGCCCACCUCAAGGGCAUCCUGCGGCGGCGGCAGCUCUACUGCCGCACCGGCUUCCACCUGGAGAUCUUCCCCAACGGCACGGUGCACGGCACCCGCCAGGACCACAGCCGCUUCGGCAUCCUGGAGUUCAUCAGCCUGGCCGUGGGGCUGGUGAGCAUCCGCGGCGUCGACUCCGGGCUCUACCUCGGCAUGAACGAGCGGGGCGAGCUCUACGGGUCGAAGAAGCUCACGCGGGAGUGCGUCUUCCGGGAGCAGUUCGAGGAGAACUGGUACAACACCUACGCCUCCACCCUCUACAAGCACGCCGACUCGGAGCGCCACUACUACGUGGCCCUCAACAAGGACGGCUCGCCCCGCGAGGGCUACAGGACUAAGCGGCACCAGAAGUUCACCCACUUCUUGCCCAGGCCCGUGGACCCCGCCAAGACGCCCGCCGCCUACAGAGACCUCUUCCACUACCGGUGACGCCCGGGCGGCCGCCGCGGCCGCGCUCCCCGCCGCCGGGAACGGGCCGAGGGACGCUGCUCGGACGCGAGCGUGGAUACUGUGCCUAAGGACAAAGCUAUUUAUAAGAUGUAUACGGUAUUUAUUUUAUAUAUUUAUUUAUUUCAGAAUAAUUUUAUUUUUAAUGAGAGAUGCUAUGACCGGAUUUUCAUCAGGAAGAAUAAGGUCCUACUGAAACAGGAGGGGGGGGGGAGAAAAAAAAAAAGAGAGAGUUUUAAGAGCUUAUCGGCAAUAAAAUUGUCUUUAUAUUGUAGAUUUCUUGCUAGCCCCCUUUUUUGGCGCUCUGUAGCAAUUCUCCGGCUCAGGUGACCAUCAGGAGCAGCUACAGAGGGGCUCGAGCGGUAAAUGCCGCCGUCGAGCCCGCACGCAGACCCACCGCGCGCGCCACGAGGACGCCCGU